GUAUGUCAGGGAGAGAUGUGGUAGCAUCCUUUACAGAGCAAGGAUAGCACAGACUUUAUUACCUGUGUGUAUGAUUCGCUGUACGCUCACCUUUCAGGGGAUACUGUGGCACAGUUAUUGGGGCAAGUUCUUAAUCACCUGUUCACAGCAGGCAUCCAUUAUUUGGCACUUUUGGAGGAGAUUGAGGUGUUAUCCACAGCUUACUGUGGAUGUAGACACUUCCUCAGUUCCUUCAUGGCAAGAAGACUCAGUGAUGUGCGCCUAGCAUGGCUGUGGCUCCUGCACCGACCACCAAGGGACCGGUAUGGCUUUUAGCCGCAUCACUAAACUGGACCCCCCGUCCCGAGGCAUCUUCAGGAAAGCGGUGGUCAUGCUGUGCUCCCUCCUCGCCUCUUUUUUCCUCCUGCACCUCCUCACCGAAAGCUGCACCACCACCACCGGCAACUCACCGCCCAGAGGCUCCUCUAGUCGGGCUGCUGGUCUUUUCGAGGACCUGAGUUCGCUGAGGACCAAGAGACUGGUAUAUGAAUGGACUGGCGGAUCGGAGUUGAACCGCUACGGGACCGCCGCGCGCACCUCACAGGUCCUCGCGGAUGAGCGCGCGACGCAGGAUUCGGAGCUGCCCGAAGAGGCUCUCGUGCUGCCACCUCCGGAUUUAGUAGUUUCCAGGAGAGUGUCGCCCAGGUUCGCAGGUAAAGUCAGUCCGCUCGGGGAGGGGAGCAAGAAGCUACCUCAGGCUCUCAUCAUCGGGGUAAAGAAAGGAGGGACCCGGGCUCUGCUUGAGUUUCUUCGGGUUCAUCCUGACAUCAGAGCCGUGGGAGCCGAGCCGCACUUCUUCGACCGAAACUACCACAACGGGCUGGAGUGGUACAGAGAGCUGAUGCCCAAGACCCUGGAGGGCCAAAUCACAAUGGAGAAAACCCCCAGCUACUUUGUGACCAGGGAAGCUCCUGCUCGAAUCUCCGCCAUGUCCCGGAACACCAAGCUGAUCGUCGUAGUGAGGGAUCCUGUCACUAGAGCUAUCUCCGACUACACACAGACGCUGUCUAAGAAGCCUGACAUUCCCUCGUUUGAGAGCCUCACAUUUAAAAAUAGGACUACAGGGCUCAUUGACACAUCAUGGAGCGCCAUCCAGAUUGGCAUCUACGCCAAGCACCUGGACAACUGGCUGCAGUACUUCCCCAUGGAGCAGAUCCUGUUUGUGAGCGGCGAGCGUUUGAUCAGCGACCCAGCUGGAGAGCUGGGCCGUGUGCAAGACUUUCUCGGGCUCAAGAGGAUCAUCACAGACAAACAUUUUUAUUUCAACCAGACCAAGGGAUUCCCGUGCCUGAAGAAAGCAGAAGGCAGCAGCAAGCCCCACUGCCUUGGAAAAACCAAAGGGCGAAUCCAUCCAAACAUUGACCCUGAGGUGGUGCAGAGACUACGAGACUUCUACAGACCCUUCAACAUGAAGUUCUACCAGAUGACAGGAAGAUUUUUUGGUUGGGAUGACUGAAUGUUUAGUUUAAUUUGGUUUUUUUUCUCUUGAAGUUGAGGACUAUCAGAGAGACUGCAAAGGGUCACAACUGACAGAAAAUCAAUAUAAGAUUUUGAGAAUAAAGUUUUGUUGUUAUGAGAAUAAAGUUUUAAUUACAAUAACAUAGUUAUUGGGGGAAAAAGGCUACUUUGGCAAAAAAAAAAAAUUAAUGGAUAAUUCCAAACAUAUAUAAUUAUCAUAUUAAAUUUAGUUUAUUAAAAAUUUUGUAUAUAGAAAUAGUUAUAUUUAAAAAAAAAAUCUUUUCUAACAUAAAAAAUGAUUAAAUAAUAAUUAUUUGCUAUAUAUUUGAAUGAUAGUACUUUUAUUUAUAGUAGUCAACCCCCUGCCAACCACAGGUCACUAGGGAAAAAUGUGUGUUCCGCACACGGUUGGCGAGUGGUUGCCGGAGGUUGCUGGAUGUUGCCAAGUGAGAUCUGGCCACAGACCUUCUUGAUUAUUUCGGAGGCUAACAGAUUGCAGUGUUGCCUGUGGACGACCCGAGCUUGUCUCUAAACACUCACCAAACACUUAAUGAGAAGAAAACAUUCUGCUUCAAAGCAUCUUCAUUACAAACUGCAUGAGACGGCUGCAACUCGCUAGCAACCUAAGGCAAGGAGAUUGCCUGUUUGCAACCAAUUUCACCUAGCUACUGGCAGAAAACCCCAGCAACCACUUUACAGCUGGUCAGAAAAUAUUCAUUUUUCGAUGGCUGCUAGGGGCUGGCUGGUCUCUAAAUCUGUGUGACUACAGCCUAAAAUAUCAGAAAAAGGAUUCGUGGAUUUAAACCCAGAAUCUCCAUAUUUACAGACUUUAGGCAUGGCUGUGAACUGAGCCAGGUUAGAAGGAAAUGAUAUACUGAUUUAAAAGAAGUGAUUUUGUUUAUUAGUUCACUUGCAUAUGCAUCAUUUGGCAUUUGUGUUUUUUUACGAGUAGCUUACUGAGGGUGAUACAAAAUGGUAUAAGAGAAAAAAAACCAAAAAACUUUUUUCUGCUACUUUAUUCAGAACAUUGGAGUUCAAAAACCAUGGAAAUUCCUUAGACUUUCUCUAAAAAUGAUUUCCCUAGUGGUUUUUAACCCCUUAUAAAUGGCAUAGCUUUAUGCUAAUCUUGUAUUUUUCUCAAAUUAGUGCAAAUUAAUAUUCGAAAUUUAAAAAUAAAAAAAACUAUAUAUGUAAAAUUAUUAUAAUCAUUAUUAUUAUUAUAUUAUCAAUAUUAGUAUUGCCACUUUUAAUGCCUUUUUUUUUUUUUUGCCGAGAUAUGACAUUUUUUCCUAAUAAUUUUGAAGAAUAUUUACACUUUUUCUAAGAACCAGUACUUUUAUGCACUCGUUUGCUUACCGUUCUCUUAGAUUCCCAAAUCUGUUCUCAAAGUCUUGUAUUUUUUUUCCAAACAGUGUUCCCACCACUCCAUCCUCAGCAUUAACGCACUAGCAGCAAUACGGGCCGUUAAAAAAGAGCAAGACGCCCUAUCUCACCUCAGUGGCAGUUUUGAUAUGCAAUAUUUCUCUGCUUCAUUUCCAUCCUCAGAGCUCGUUGUGAUCCACGCUCAUGGAGAUGUUUUCUUCAAAAAAAGAAAAAAAUAGAGUGAGUUGUUGAAGGAUUUGCAUCAUAUCUGUCUGCAUUAUCUGGGGAAACUUUUUUUUCUUUCACGUUGCAAGUCCUCGGCUGUGAAACGGAAAUUAUUGUGUGCUGUGCUUCCUCAAGAGCAUGGGUGAAAUCCCAUAGUGUCCAGGGGCUUCUGAUAAAAACUAAUGCCAUAUAUUAAACAUAACUGCUUUAAAAUGUUCACAUUUUCUCUAGCAAAAGUAAUAUGAAAAGAUAAAACAUAGUUAUUUUUUGAAAUGUAUUUAUUCGAGAGGUACACGAGAAGCAAGUAUGCAUUCUGAGCAACUCCUCGGUGAGUGUUUCCUCGUUUAUUAUUAUGUUUUCCGUGCUUUUAGAGUUUUGUUUGUUUUGUACUGUGUGCGCUAAAAACGUGUUAUCCUCGUUUUAAUUUCAGGUCAUUCAUUUCAUUAUGUAUUUACUAUACAUGGAUGAAUGUGGUGUGGGAAUACUUUCAGUUCCAGAGUUGUGAGUUUGUUAUUUCAAGGGUCGUUUACCCACCUUCAGUUAAUGAAGCUGCAAGCAAAGAUAGCACUCACUGUUAUUCAAGAGACAUCGACUCCAUUGGAGGAAAAGGGCCUUCCCAAACUGUGACUCAGAUUUCCUCAACAUGCCUCCUUGUGUAUUGAAUACACUUAAUGUCACUUGCCUUCCUUGCUUUGAGGCAAUGUGUAUGUGUGUGUGUGUGUGUGUGUGUGUGUGUGUGUGUGUGUGUGUGUGUGUGUGUGUGGACACUGUGCUAAACCCAGGGAGCAUGAGAAUAAUGACUGAGUUGUGUUCCUUCUUUGUCCACUUGUAUUGUGAGCUACUUUCUGAAAGCAGAUGUGCCUCAAAAGAUAACGCAAUCAACAAUGUUAACAAUGUUAUUUUCUGUGUGUGUGUGUGUGUGUGUGUGUGUGUGUGUGUGUGUGUGUGUGUGUGUGUGUUUGUGCGUGGCUGUGCGAGAGAGCUUCAGAGAAGAACCUUAUAUAGACUUUGGAGAGAUUAUGUAACCAAUCUAACUUUAUUGUUGCGACUGUUUCUUUCUUAAAGUGUUGAGUUUUUUUCGGGCACUCGUUGAAUAAAAGAUGUUAUAUGUAAAUAUUUUGUGUACCCGAGCCCCUCUCCCUCUCUCUCUCUUUUUUUGGGGGGGUGGGGGGGGAUCAUAGCUGUAACUUCAUUGCAAAAAUCCAGGCAUAAGGUGUAUCCACACUCAUAAGGAUGAGACACUGAAGCUCAGCCUCCUACGGGAUGAUAACACCCAUUGGUUCCUGCUUUCCCGUCUCUUCUGUUACACCUUCCCAUAUUGUCUCAGCUUAUCUCUGCCCAGCCUCCACGGAAGAGUGUCAAAAGGACUCAUUGGGCAUUUUACAAGAUGGUUAAAGUCUGAAAGCCUUUUUGGUGUGGGGAGCAUCUUGAAAACUUAGGUACAAGCAUUUUUUUUGGAAUAAAGCCGGGAAGUUGAAGUAGUACCUGUGGGGUCCUUGGGUUGGAAAAUGCAUUUAGUUUGCAUAUGACAAACAGAGCAAAUAAACACCUGCACUACCUAAACACUUAUUUUUUCUUUUAGUUUGCACGUCCAUAACUGUAAAACAAAUAUUGUGUGCUAUGCUUCUUAAAGUGGUUUGGUGAAAUCACUCUGUGUCCAGGGGCUUUUGAUAAAACGCUAAUGCCAUGUAUUAAACAUAACUGCUUUACUUUAUUUUUUUACAUUUUUCUAGCGAAAGUAAUAUAAAAAGGUAGAACAUUGGUUUUUUUUCACAUGUAUUUAUUUGAGAAGUACACGAACAGUGAGUAUGCAUUUUGAGCAGCUCCUUGGUGAGUUCUUCCUCUUUUAUAUUCUAGUGUGUUGGCAGCAACUUGAAGACUCAAGAACAGGCUUAUUGUAGAAUAAAGUCCAGGAAGCUGAAGUAAUUUUUGGGAGCUCUUUGGGUUGGUAACUGCAUUUGUUUACAUUUGAUAAAUAAGGCUAAAUGUGUUGCAAUUUUGUUAAUCCACGACAAACUUUGUUCAUCUGUUCUGCAUGUCAAAAAUAUCACAGGUAAGGUUCUCGGCCCUGGUCCUUGCACAGAAACACUAAGGUUGGCCAGAAAAGAGAAAGACGUCAUUAGUUGGAUCAAGUCUGCUUUCACCAGGAUACAAGAAAAAGAAAAGGCUGAUGUGGACAUUGUGAGCCAUGUUCAAAAUCUGAUAAAUGCAUCGAACACGCUAUUGUAACCUAAGCUUGCACCUCCCGCAGCUUAUCCAUUGUGCAUGCCAACUUUUUAGGCAUCUGGGUUCAUACACAUCACGGAUGGCCGGUUAAACUUGUGACACACCCAACAAAUAAAAGCAAAGGUUCUUCGAUCUACUGUGCCUACUGUUUCAAAGAAGCGUGCUGUGCGAAACAUUGCUUUAACCCUUGUUUAUAUGUUCUGCAAAAGAGGUGAGCUUUAGUCUUAUAGCAGUGCAGUCUGAAACAAGUACAGUACCCUUAUAACCUCUAAAUUACAGGAGCACACAGUGCUUGUCGACUCUUGUUCUUUUGCAUUUUGCUGGCAUGCAUUGUUUGACAGCUAGUACAGAUUAAAGGAUGUCAGACUUUCUCUAAGAUCUCAUGACUGUGGCACCAAUGCACAAAUAACAGAGUGACAAUAAACAGAAUGCUGAGUUUUAAAAUGCUUCUGUGACAAGCCUUCCCCCAGUUUAAACCCAAGAACUGCCAAACCAGUACCCAACCAUUUGGACUGCUUUUAACUCGGGGAAAGUGCCAAGUGUGGUAAGGCGGAAAGAGAUGUGUGGUAUAUGUUGGAGAAUAUGCUGAUUCUGAGCAUCAUGUUUAAUGUUUUAAUUAAUGCUUUUCCAGAGUUAACUUGUUAAAAUGUGUCUAAUGAGUGACAGUUUAAGCAACAUUAUAAGUUAACUGUGUAAGUAAUUGUUCUUUCAUAUUGUGAAAGUGGCAAAGAGGAAUCGGCAACUGUGCUGCCAGUGGGAGAGUAAUGUGUUGCAGCCCACUGCGGAGUUGUUUUCUUUGUUGUCAUCUUUAAUUUUAGUUUUCAUUUUAAAGUUAGAGUUUCAUAGUAUAUGUUUCAUGUUUAGCCAUUUUUUAUUCUUUUUCUUAGACUUGAGGUUUUCUUCAGUUUUUUACCCAUUUCUGUAAAGAAAAGGGAAACAAAAAACUCACUGCUGUUUCUACUGAAACAACUCUGUUGCUUGUGAAGCUUGCACACAAGAAUUUCACUCGC